AAGCAACAACAUUUAAAGAAGUCUGGGCGUGGGGGGGUUUCUUGGCAGGAAGGUGCAGUGGCGAGAGAGCCCGCCAGAGGGCGCGCCGCUCCGCUCCGCUUUAAACCCAAUUGGCAGCGCCUCCUUUUCAUACCGGCGGACACCCCUACCGUAUUUGCAACAGCAGGAAAGUUCCCAGCCUCCGUAUAUGUAAGCGAUCGUCUUUGGAGCAGAAAAUCGGCCGGAAGCUGCGGCUCUUUCUCAUUCUUUGCUUUCCCCCCCGUAAUGACUUUUUAGAGCUGCCUUUUGGCGGAGACCCGCCAGAAGCAACUCUCAGCCGGCCGAUUUUCCUCUGCAGGCGGCAAUCGGAGUCGGUCUGAGGAUCUUUUUCGCCUCGUCCCCCACCCAACCCCCCCGCCGGAGAUGAAGACCCCUCUGAGGCUGCCCGCCGCUUGGAUCCCUGCAGCGGUGGGGCUGGACUUCCUGGGCCUGCGCCUGGCAUGGCAAACGCUGCCGCCGUCCUGGGGGAGCCCGCUGGCCCUGGCCUGGGCCGUGGCCCUGCUGCGGUGCGGGCUGCUGACUCUCUCGGCUUGUGCCGCCACGUGCUCCGGAGCCGGGCUCCGACUCCCUGGAGGGGUAAGAGAUGCGCUCCUGCCCGCAGCUGCCCUCGUCAGUUUUCUGCUACCCUGUUACGCCACCUUGCAAUGCCUGCUCCCGUCCCAAGGGGGCGCCCCAGAGCUGGCGCACAGCUGGGGCAGAGCAGAUGUUUUUGCCCUGAACUAUCUCAUUGUGGGGGCGGCUGCCCUGCUGUGGCAUCACUUUGCCCCCCUCGGGCAGGGGGAGGCUCAGAAGAAGCCCUCUGCAUCUUUUGGGCGCCUCAUCGGCUGCUUGAGCCCAGAUGUGCUGAGGUUCGUGGUCAUCGCCGGACUCCUGGUGGUCUCAUCCUUAGGGGAGAUGGCCAUUCCAUACUAUACGGGACGCGUGACCGACUGGAUUGUGAGCAAGGGUGGCUCUUCUGCUUUUGAGGAAGCUCUCUGGAUGAUGUCGCUGCUCACCGUGGUCAGUGCUGUGACAGAGUUUCUCUGUGACUUCAUGUACAACACCACCAUGAACCGGAUCCACACCCGCCUGCAGGGCUCCGUCUUCCGCUCCGUCCUGCGCCAGGAGAUUGGGUUCUUCCAUGCUAACCGGACAGGUGACAUCACGUCCCGCGUCACGUCUGACACAGAUGCUAUGAGUCAUGCCCUCAGCGGGGACUUGAGCCUGCUGAUGUGGUACUUCAUGAGGGGGAUUUUCCUCUACACUAUGAUGCUGUGGGUCUCUGUACGCCUGGCCUUAUUUGUCACCGUGGGCCUACCCUUCAUCCUGCUAGUGCCAAAGCUCUCUGGGAAAUUUCACCAGAAUCUGGCGCAGCGGGUCCAGGAAUCCUUAGCCAAAGCAAAUGAAGUGGCAGUGGAGAACUUCCAGGCGAUCUCCACAGUCCGCAGCUUUGCUAACGAGGACGGGGCUGCUCGCAGCUAUGAGAAGAAGCUGCAGGAAACCUACAAGCUCAACAAGUGGGAGGCUGUAGCCUAUGCUGCCUCCAUGUGGACUAGCAGCCUCUCAGGCCUGGCCCUCAAAGUGGGGAUUCUGUUCUAUGGAGGGCGUCUUGUCACUCUGGGGAGUGUGAGCAGUGGGGACCUGGUGACAUUUGUCCUCUAUGAGAUGGAGUUCUCCACAGCAGUGCAGGUCCUCCUGUCUGUGUACCCCAAUGUGCAAAAAGCUGUAGGUUCUUCUGAGAAGGUUUUCGAAUACAUGGACCGGAUACCCCAAAUUAGUUCCUCGGGAACGCUGGCACCCCCAGAUUUACAGGGACACGUUUUCUUGCAGAAUGUCUGGUUCUCCUACCCUGACCGGGACAAUUCCUUGGUGCUCAAGGGAGUGACCCUGGAGCUGCGCCCAGGCACAGUGACAGCGCUCGUUGGCCCUUCGGGGUCAGGGAAGAGCACCGUGGUGGCCCUGCUGGAGCGGUUCUACGAGCCCCAGAGAGGACGGGUGUUGCUGGAUGGCAGAGACCUGAGUGAAUAUGAGCAUCAUUUCCUGCAUGAAAAGGUGGCGCUGGUGAGUCAGCGUCCAGUGCUGUUUGCUCGGUCACUGCACAAGAACAUCACUUACGGCUUAGAGGAUCGGAAUCAGGAGGAGGUGACACGGGCAUCUCAGCGAGUCGGAGUGCAUCGAUUCAUCGACCAGAUGAGCCACGGCUACAAUACAGAUGCUGGAGAGGCAGGGGGUCAGAUCUCUGGAGGGCAGAGGCAGGGGGUUGCCAUUGCCCGGGCUCUGAUCCGAGACCCCAAAGUGCUGAUCCUGGAUGAUCCCACCAGUGCCCUUGACACGGAGAGUCAGCAGCUGGUGGAGAAAGAGAUCUAUGACGGGGUGGCUCGCAGCAAGCGCUCGGUGCUGCUCAUCUCUCACCGCCUCCGCAGUGUGGAACGAGCCGACCAGAUCCUGGUCAUGGAGGAGGGGAAGAUUUUGGAGGAAGGGACCCAUCCGGAGCUGAUGAGGAAAAGGGGUGCUUAUUGGCAGCUGCUGCAGAAGCAACAGAAUGGGACAGAGCGGGUCAAAAAUGGCCCCAACGGUGCAGUUGUGAAUGGCGGGAGGCUAGAAGCGGUGGCGAUGGCGCUCCUCGACGUGUGCGGGGUGUCUCGUCGGGAUUGGGACUGGAACCCACUCGGAGGAGCCGCGGCCGCUGCUUCGCAGCGAGGCGCAGUGGAGCACUACACCUUCGGCAUGAGGGAGCCCCGGAUCGCCGUGCCCCCGGGGAGGCAGCCCGCGGAGUUCCUGCAGACCCACUGCGAGGGCAGCGGUGAUGGGCACCAGAUUGAGUUCGAUCAUGGUACCACCACCAUGGCCUUCACCUUCCAGCAUGGGGUCAUUGUUGCCACCGAUUCUCGGGCAUCUGCGGGGAACUAUAUUUCAAAUAAGAGGUUUAACAAAGUGAUUGAGAUCAACCCCUACCUGCUGGGCACCAUGUCCGGAAGUGCUGCCGAUUGUCAGUACUGGGAACGGCUCCUGGCCAAACACUGCAGGCUGUACUACUUGCGCAACAAGGAACGGAUCAGUGUCUCAGCUGCCUCCAAACUCCUGGCCAAUAUGCUAGUCGAAUACCGAGGGAUGGGACUGUCCGUGGGCAGCAUGGUGUGCGGGUGGGACAAGAAGGGUCCUGGACUUUACUAUAUAGAUGAUCAUGGGGUACGACUGGCUGGCCCCCUCUUUUCCACAGGGAGUGGAAACACAUAUGCCUACGGGGUGCUGGAUAGUGGUCACCGCUAUGAUCUCAGCGUGGAGGAGGCCUAUGACCUUGGCAGGAAGGCCAUCUCUUACGCCACCCACCGCGAUUCCUACUCUGGAGGGGUGGUGAACAAUUCUGCCACCAUGGAGCUACCCUCUGUUCUGUAUCUGACUUUCUCCCUGCUUCUGUGUGAUGUUGGCCUGCUUUCCUUGCUAGAUAUGGGGAGGCACUCUUUGGCCCCCCUGGGGAUUCCAGCUGUUUGGCUGGAGGCAGCUCUGCGCCUGCUGGUUCUCUGGGGGGCCCAGGGGCUGCUGUCUCUGGGUUGGCCCUCUCAGAUCCCCACUGCAGCCCUGGUGACUGUGUGCCUACUGUUCCCCAUAUACCUCUCAGUGGGGCACUUUUUUGGAGACCCGCCUCUCUUAGUGUCUUCAGCUCCUUGGUCCUGGCUACUGCUGGGUUAUGGGGCAGCGGGUCUGGCCCUCCUCACCUGGGAGGUCCUGGGGCAGGGGGUCAACACAGAGGGAGCCAAGAAGGAAGACAACACCACCCUCUGGAAGUUAGUGAAGCUCUUUCGACCAGAUGUGCUGUAUCUGUCUAGUGCCUUUGUGUUCCUCACUGUGGCUGUCAUUGGUGAAACAUUCAUCCCCUAUUACACGGGACGUGUGAUUGAUAUCUUGGGCAGUAAAUACAACUCAGAUGUCUUCUCAGCUGCCAUCUUCCUUGUCUGUCUGGUGUCGCUUGGCAGCUCUUUAUCUGCCGGCUGCCGUGGAGGUCUUUUCAUGUUCACCUUGUCCCGGAUGAAUAUCCGAAUCCGUGGCCUGCUGUUCUCAUCCCUGAUGCAGCAGGACCAGGCCUUCUUCGACAAAGUGAAAACAGGGGAACUAAGCUCCCGCCUCUCCAAAGACACAGCCAAACUGAGCCGUUCAGUGCCAGCCAACACGAACAUUUUCCUGCGUAGCCUUAUCAAGACUGUCGGGCUGUACGGAUUCAUGUUCAGCUUGUCGUGGUGCCUGACGCUGCUGACUCUCAUCAAGAUGCCACUCAUGAUGGCAGCUCAGAAGUUCUAUGAUACUCGUCACCAGACCUUCCUGCGGGCAAUCCAGGACUCGCUGGCACAUUCUGGGGAGGUGGUGCAAGAAACAGUCUCUCCCUCUUCCAUUGAGACAGUGCGAAGCUUCGCCACUGAAGAGGAGGAGUCACAGCGCUACAGUGCGGCCUUGGAAAAGACCCACCGGCUCAAGGACCAGCGAGAUCUCGAGAAGGCUUUGUAUUUGCUCUUCCGACGGCUACUUCAUUUGGGUCUACAGCUAAUUAUGCUUUACUGUGGGUACCAGCAGAUUCAUACUGGCCUCAUGAGCAAAGGAAACCUGUUGUCCUUCAUCCUUUACGAGAUGGAAGUGGGCGCACAUGUACAGACCCUGAUGUAUAUGUACGGAGACUUGCUCAGCAAUGUGGGUGCUGCAGAGAAAGUGUUUGAGUACCUCCAUCGGGAGCCAUCAGUUCGCACCGAGGGAACUCUGGCUCCGGACUUCUUCCGAGGACACGUCUGCUUCAGAAACAUUUCCUUUUCCUAUCCUUCUCGCCCCGAUAUUGAGGUUUUAAAGAAUGUCUCCUUUGAGCUCUGCCCUGGGGAGGUGACAGCGCUGGUGGGUCUUAAUGGCAGCGGCAAGACCUCCUGUGUGAGACUGCUAGAGCGGUUCUAUGAGCCCCAGUCCGGUGAGAUCUUGCUGGACAGGAUCCCGAUCCAUAUGUAUGAACACAAAUACCUGCACAGACAGGUGGCACUCGUGCAACAGGAGCCUGUCCUCUUCUCCGGGUCAAUUCGGGACAAUAUCGUCUACGGGGUGCAGGACUGUAGCGAGGCAGAAGUGACUGCGGUGGCAAAAGAAGCCAAUGCCUUGGGGUUCAUCAAUGAGCUGGAAGGAGGGUUUGCUGCAGAUGUGGGGGAGAAGGGAGGACAGCUGUCUGUUGGGCAGAAGCAGCGCCUGGCCAUUGCCCGGGCCCUGAUCCGGAACCCAAAAGUCUUGAUCCUGGAUGAAGCCACCAGCGCCUUGGAUGUGGAGAGUGAAGCCACUAUCCAGAGAACAGUAAUGGGCCACCAUGGCCGGGCGGUGCUGGUGAUCGCUCACCGGAUGCAGACUGUGGAGACAGCAGACAAGAUUGUGGUGCUGGAAAGUGGGAAGGUUGUGGAGGAAGGAACUCAUGACGAGCUGAUGGGCCGAAGGGGCCCCUAUUACAGACUGGUGCAACGGAGCCAGACGGAGUAACUUGUGGGGUGGGGAUAACACCAGGCAACUAAUUCGCUAGACUUUUUGGCUGCCACAUCUUGUAUGGGCCAUCAAAUGCAGUUUGGCAAGAAGGUUCAGUACAGGAUUUCUUCUUUGGAGGAACAGAAUAACUAAAAGGGGACCUGCACAGUGACUAGCAGUCUUUAGGCACCAUACAGUUAAGAAUAAAUAGUUAUCACUGGGGUUAAGGCCGUCAGAUUAGCCAGGAGACCUUUUUGAAAUUUUGGUGGGUUUUUUUACUAAUAUAUUGACUUGGGGGGUUAUUUUAUUUUAUUUUAUCAGUGAUGUGAUACUGCUAGCUUUUAUUCUGCUGCUUAUGAUGUCUAGUUCCUCAUCUUUUUUCCCUUUUAUAUGGAUUUCAUUUUUUUACGAAUUUAAUAUUGUGAACUACUUUGUGUAAAAUUGUGUUAGAAAAAAUGUUGUGGAAGCUCAUUAAAGGAAUACGAGAAGCCA